AUGAUUGCAGCCUCGGCACGAACGGCUUCGGCCAAGGUGGUAGCAGGCGUUUCGGUCAUGGUCGCGGGCACUUCGAUUGCCAAGCCCGUGUACAGCGAAGAAGCACCCUCGAGCUCGACCAAACUUCCGAUCUAUCCGCUGCCGGAUGCCAAGGUUGAGGUGGUGCCGGUGCAGACCGAGCUGGAGCGUCAGAUUGGCUCUGCACGACGAGCCGUCUCCAGCGUGACUGCCGAGACGCGCGGAUCGGUUCGAUCGCUCGUAGACCGAUGGAUCUCUCUCGAGCGCUCCGUCGAGGGCGAGGUCAAGUCGCUCAUCCCCGACACCGAACCGCUCACCCCGGGUCUGCUCUACGUCGGAGUCGCCACGCUGGCAGGAAGCAUCUUUACCCGAUACCGCGCCUUUCCCAUUCGAAUGCUCACGCCACCCCUCGCUGCCAUCGUUGCGGUCAACACCACCAACCCGCAACUCGCCGCCAACCUCGGAGCGUACUACACCCAGACCGAACGAAAGUACCUCCCGGCGCUCACGGAGCAGCGACAAAAGUGGCAGGCCCAGGCAAGAGAUCUGGUUAGCGGAGCCAAGGAUGGAUUCGAAAAGGUCAAGGAGAACACAGAGUCGUCGGUUAGGAAGGGGCUCGAGAGUGUAGAGAGCCAGACGGGGCUGAGGGUCAAGGAUGUCGUCGCCGCAAAGGAUGAGGCCAAGACGGCGAUCAAGGACCAGAUGAAGGCCGUCUAG